GCUUUUUUCAACAGUGUAACUGGGCUUCCUUAGAAGUGAGUUCUGAGUGAGAAUCACUAAAGUUCCAUGGAGUUCAGUAGGUUGUUUUCCCCCAGAGUCAAAAUUCUAAAAACUUUAAUUUCAGUUUGAAGUGCUUAAUUGUAGCCCUAAAUAUUUUUAUUAAUUCAAGUAGUUAGAUGAUUAAACAAAGGAUUUCUCAUUCAUUUGUCUAUUAUUUGGACAGCCACUAUUUAUCUCAUUAAUUUGAGAUGAAGUUGAAACCUACUGAGGCACCGUGUUACUAGUGACAAGGUCCUUCACUGUGUCCAGGCAGUAAUCAUGUAUUUAGGUGGCACUAAAGUUUCUUUGGUUAACACUAGGAUGAGAAGAAGCGGUCAGCGUCCACCCUAGAGGGCGCUGAUGAUGAGCGACGGCACUUAAAAGGGAAUGAAGAUCGAGUCAAGGAGAACCAGCUACGUCAGAAAUUACUUGAUGCUGACCCCAAGUGUAAUAUUGAGAAGGAGAACAAGUUGCUGCAUAUGCCACAGUCAACGAGCCGUGAGAUCCCACCCACGCCUGCAGGGUUCACCCCUAUUAUGUCUACUCCCACUGCCCAUCUUGGGUACCCUCCAAUCAUUACACAUACUGCUGCCACACCCCAAGGCUCACCCCAUGCCACUCUGGAGCCAAGUGGGCGUGGGGAACUCAACAACAGGCUCAGUCCUGCUAUGGCUCUUUACUGCUCAAGCUCCGACCAGCAUGACCGUCCACAGGGUGUCCUAAGGUCAGCCUCCAUCAAGAGCAACAAUACAUCACUGUCAUCAAGGUCAUCACGUUCCUCAAGUCGUUUAGGGUCUCGAGGGGUUCUCCGUCGAGAAUCGCUCUCCCCUCAUGAUCUUCCAGGAUGCAGAGACUCACUCAGCCCUUCUCUAGGCAAUCGAGAGCGUCGCAGUAGUGGAUGUGGAUCUCCAUUAUUAUGGCGACGUAGUGGAUCACAGCGGCGGCGGCGAGGAUGCAGCAGCACUGGUUCAUUUCGUCGAUCACAAGCGGAUCGGGAGAAUCUUAUGAGGCAUGAUUCAGGCUCUGAUGCUGAUGGUGAGGAGGAAACAGCACUCAACAAUAAUAUUACAUUCACUAAUAACAACCUCAACAAUCAUCAGUCUACGUUCUUAGGGACUGACCACAGCCACUGCAACGGGUCCACCAGCAGCCAUGUGCAGCUGGCCCCGCGCAGGUCUAUCCUCACCCAGCAGAACUCGAUUGGGUCACCGCGAACUCUUAGUCCUCAGAAUUCCAUCCGUUCCCGGGGGUCAUCGCCAAGGUCACGCCAGCCCUCCAUCCAAGGCCAGACAUCCGUUUGCGGAUCAAUCAGGGAAUUGGAGUACAAACAAAAUAACUUAAGCCGGGCAAAAGAAGCAGCAGCAGCCGCAGAACAAGAUGAAGCCCCUGAAGGCUCUGAAACUGAGGCAGAGGCUAUUAAGAAGAUAUGUUUUAUUUUUGAACCUAAGGGCUGUUUCAAGGAACGACAAGACUGUUCCCUUUAUAUCUUCACAACAGAAAAUCCGAUACGUCGCAUCUGCUUAUUCUUGGUCUCCAGACGAUGGUUUGACUCCUCUGUGCUUUUCUUUAUUGGUCUCAACUGCAUCACUCUAGCCAUGGAGAGGCCCAACAUUCCUCCUGACUCCAUUGAACGGCAGGUCCUCAUGAUCUUCAACUAUAUAUUUACUGUGGUGUUUGGCUUGGAGAUGAUAAUAAAGGUUAUUGCACAGGGUCUAUUGUAUGGGAAAGGUGCCUACUUCAGCUCUGGCUGGAAUAUCAUGGAUGGGUCACUGGUCAUCAUAUCUUUCAUAGAUGCUCUCAUGUCUGUUCUGGCCACCACUUCACCACGCAUCUUUGGUAUUCUCAGAGUCUUCCGUCUCCUGCGUGCCCUCAGACCUCUAAGAGUGAUCAACAGGGCCCCAGGUCUCAAACUGGUGGUGCAGACAUUACUUUCAUCGCUUCAACCCAUCGGCAACAUAGUCCUCAUUUGUUGUACAUUUUUUAUAAUUUUUGGAAUCCUUGGUGUACAGCUGUUCAAGGGGUCUUUCUAUUACUGUGAUGGACUCAAUCUCAAGAACAUCGUCACCAAGACUGAUUGUCUUGAAACUCCAGGGAAUCUCUGGCUCAAUCGAAAGUACAAUUUUGAUGACCUUGGCCAGGCACUUAUGUCUCUGUUUGUCCUUUCCUCCAAGGAUGGCUGGGUCAAUAUCAUGUAUACUGGCUUGGAUGCUGUAGGGGUUGAUAUGCAGCCAAUAGAAAACUACUCUCAGUGGCGGCUCUUGUACUUCAUCUCCUUCCUGCUGUUGGUGGGAUUCUUUGUGCUAAACAUGUUUGUGGGGGUUGUGGUGGAAAAUUUCCAUCGGUGCCGAGAGGAACAAGAAAAAGAGGAAAAGGCACGAAGGGCUGCCAAGAGAGCCAAAAAGCUUGAGAAGAAAAGAAGAAGUAAGUGA